AUGAAUUCGACCUCAGUGCAACUCAGUCCCAUUAAGGACGGGCGACGAAUUCUCGGCGAGAAGGACUCAAACGCGUGUCUGUCCCCCGCCACACACGCCAAACCAUCAUUCCCGGCCAUUGGGACACCAGUCAAGCGGAUCUCGAUUACGAUCUCACCAAAGAAGCUCCUUCCUUCUCCCAUAUUUGCAGGUCAAAAACGGACACGGGAUCAAAUGGAGGAAAUGGAAGAAACCCUCGGACACGGGCAGACGCGGGCAUCCUCCCCGCAGCCCGGCGUCCAAUCCACUGUCGAUGAUGAUAGACAAAGCCAGCUCAACCAAAACCCCGCACCACAACCCUCGCAAUCAGACCGUGACCAAGCACAAGAUCUAAUGGACACCGACCAAUCUUUCAAUGUGCCCAGAACCCCCGAGGAAGACACGCGUAGCGUUAUCUCGGACUCCGAUGCGCGCAAAUUGUUUAUCCAACAAAAAGCAAGCCUUCUCCGAUCAAGACUACAGAGCGCGAUGCGCAAUGUGACAGACUACCAAUUCGACCGCCGGGUCUCCGAGCUAGAAGCACACAGUCGUAAAUGCCCACGGCUCUCACUCUCCGUCCUUUCCACACCACCCCUCUCGUCGCGCAAACACUUCACAACCUUCCCAUCCUCGCAAAUGAAGACACCCCGCAUCGGCUGUGCUGGCUUCACUUCCACUCCCUCCCACAGCACACCUGAUCUUCCAGGUCGACCUUCCCCUUUGUCUUCUAGCGUUGUUCAGCAACGCACCAAGUUGCAUGCGCAACAAACACCCCCCCGUGGGCUCGGCUCCCCAAUGCAGUUGAGUAGUCCUCCAGCUACGGUCAUUCGCCGUGAAGCCAAUAGGGAAACAAGCAUGGUCUCAAGAGCUGAGCUUAGUUUGGAUGAUGUGGAUGUCCUGUCGCCGUCACAGCGGGGUGAUGCGGUCGAUGGGCUCUUGAAACUCAUGAGUACGACAGGCAAUCAAAGUUCGGACUCGUGGACUGGAUGA